UUGUCAUUUUGACAGUCUGAGCAGCUCCUCAAAGGUUCUUCUGUGUCGCCGCUGCCCGAAAGUGGAGCUAAGAGGUCUUCCGGUGGGGGUCUUCCACUUGGACUGCUACGAUGAAGCCGUGACCGCUCGGCCGCAAACUUUCAGAUAUAUUGGCCCAAGCAAAGAGACAGACACAGUUUGGCCGUUGGCUGCUCGUGCCAUUUGCUACGGAGAAAUAGAAGAAAAAAUGGCGUCGUGCAAGUGGCAUCAAAAACAUUCGGAAGCUGUUGGCCAGAAUCAUAUCGGAGGCGUCCAACAGUGUAUUUGUGGACUCGUGAGCGCCAGUUUGGAGCAAGAGGGCCUCCAAAUGAAAGAGGAAGGCAAGGAUACACUGUCCAGUCCUGUUAAGGAGGAAGGGGAGGAGGUUGACAUGAGUAUGUUGCCACUUCUUGCUGUCAUUGUGAAAAGCGAAGAUGAGGACGAAGAAACACCCGAAGGGUCAGCGCUUCAUCAUGGAGACCACGAUGGAGGACCGGUAUCAGACGGCCUUUUAACUUGGCUUUCAAACAACAAUGACCCGGAGGGAUCUUUGUUGAGCGGCACAGACUGUGAAGGUGACCACACAAAAUCAAAAUGCUCUCAGGAGGUGACAAUUCUCAGCAAUAAAGAAACUUCACAAACGUCGAACGAAACGGAAAGUUGCGUUGAAAGCAUUGCUGAAAAACGACUUCCUACUGGAAACGCAGAAGAAAAACCUUUUUGUUGUUCAACUUGCGGUAGAAGAUUCUCACGGAAGGCAAAUAUGGAAAACCACAUGCAAACACACACAGGAGAAAAGCCCUUCUCCUGCGGAGUUUGUGGGAAAAUGUUUUCCCGGAAGGAUUAUGUGUCAUUACACAUGAAAACCCAUACGGGAGUAAAACCACAUUGUUGCUCUGUUUGCGGUAAAACAUUCACUCAUCGGUCCCACAUGGUAUCGCACAUGCGAACACACACAGGAGAAAAACCUUAUUGUUGCUCAGUUUGCGGGAAAGCGUGCUCGCAAAAGGCAGACAUGGCCAAACACAUGAUUGUACAUAGUAAAGAAAAAAACUUUGCGUGUGCAACUUGUGGUAAAACAUUCGCCCGCAAAUUAAGCCUCCGAGUACACAUGAGAAGUCACACUGGAGAAAAACCGUUUUGUUGCGUAAUUUGUGCUAAAACCUUCACUCGGAAGGCAAACGUCAUAAACCACAUGAGAUCACACACGGGAGAAAAACCUUUUCGUUGCUCAAUUUGUGGAAAAACAUACUCCCGAAAGGACCAAAUGUCAUUGCAUAUGACAAAUCAUACAGAUUUCAAACCUUUUUGUUGCUCAGUUUGUGAAAAAACCUUCCCUCAAAAGUCAAAAUUGGUAAAACACAUGAAAACCCACACAAGUGGAAAAACAUUUGGUUGCUCUACUUGUGGCAAAACUUUCUCUCGUGAAAUAUAUCGAGCCAUACACAUGAGAACGCACACGAGAGAAAAAGCAUUUGGUUGCCUAAUUUGUGGUAAAGCUUUCGCUUGCAAAAGAUACCUUGUGGUACAUAUGACAUCACACACAAAAGAAAAACCCUUCAGUUGCUCCACAUGAAGGAAAAUGUUCUUUCAUAAAUCAAGUCUUGCCGUACACUUGAGAAUGCAUACUGGAGAAUUUGUUUUCAUUGCUCCUUUUAUAGUAAAACAUUUAAUUGUUGUUUUUCCUCAUUCCUCUAAUAUCAUUUGUUCAUCGUCUCGUUGUUGGCGAGAAGCGCGUUUCAUUCACGAGCAUGUCUACUAAAUGUAUUUUUUUGCAUUAGUCUUCUGUGAAAAUCAACACGAAUUCUGAGAAGCAAGGACGUAAAAGUUUCUGCAUUCUCAUCUAUACUUGAUCAUAAAUUCAAUUACACCUCAUUUAAUCCCCACUUUCAUACUUUGAUUUAAUUGUAUUUACUGGUAAAUGAGUUGAUAGCUUUUUGCUGUUCACGUAUACACAAGAUGACUUGUACAAACUUUCGCACUUUCACAAAGAAACAAAAAAUAAAGAAAUCAAAGUGUAUACUGUGCUUUUUUUUUUUUGUCACGCAAUAUCUACUACAAUUUCACAUUAGAUUGCUGGUUUGAAAUGUACUUAUAUUAUUAUUAUUAUUUUAAUUAACAUUAAAACCUGUUAAAACUUGUCUGGUGUUUUGUUAGUUUUUUUGGGCAUGAAAACAAAAAUCUGACAUUUGGUUAACUGCUUUAUAUGUGUAUGUGUUUUAUGUUGUGUAAUAUGUGUUGGUGUCCCCCAAAAUAAAGAGCAAGUAGUCAAAUACA